AUGAAGAGCAAUCCCAAGACCCUCCUUGUUGCCGUUGCCACCGCUAUUGCCGUGGCAGGCGCUUCGCCGGUUGCUGUGAAAAGGGCCUCGGACACGACCGUCGUUCAUCUCAACCAGUGCUCUGGCAGCCCUCAGCACUUCGCUCAGGGUGUGCUUUACGGCGUCAACGGCACCAGCCCUCCUCAGUCUUACGUGACCGAUCUUGGCAUCAACUACCUUUCCGAGGGCGGCGCACAGAUCGAUGCCCAACCAGCUGGCUAUGCCGCAAGUAUGGCUUCGUAUCAGCGCAGAUUCAAUCAGCUGCUGGGAGGCUACCAGCGCAUGCGCGCUGUCGGUGGCGUCACGAUCGCAAAGAUGGCCGACCUUUAUGGCGCCGAUGAGACCACGGACAGCUCCUUCGUGUGGCCGGGCGACAACGGGGACUGGACCAAGUGGGACGCCUUUGUACAGCAGCUCAUCUCUGACAUCAAGGCCAACGGGAUGACCGCGGCUUACGUCCUACAGCUGGAGCCUUGGAACGAGCCCGAUAUCAACUUUGGAGGUCGACCUCAGUCGCAAUUCAACGAGCUAUGGCGCAGGACUACCGUCGCCCUCCGCUCUGCUUUUGGUCCAAACACGAGCUCUUAUCUGCCCAUCGUCGGUCCAAGCACAGCAGGCAACCCAGGAUACAACAACGGUUGGUGGAACAGCUGGCUGUCAUCGAUUCAGUCCAACGGGGGUACCUCUGUUCAGCCUGAUGUGUACAACUGGCACAUGGAAGGCGGUCUCCCCAAUGAUCCGAUUCCACCAGCUCAAGCCCUGCCUGCGUACGUCAGGAACUAUGGACUCACCACCGGAAUCGGUAUCCAGAACAACGAGUUUGGAGUACGUGAACAGCAGGUUCCUGGAUGGGCAGCAUGGUUCCAUGCACGCUACGAGCGUCUGAAGUUCAACGCCUUGCGUGGCAACUGGGCUAGGGGUGCGGCCUUGCUGGACAGUCUCGCAGAUCUGCUGAUCAAGAACUCGGAUGGCUCCUACUCAGAGACGGGCGAGUACCAAGUAUACAAGUUCUACAAGCUCAUGGCAGGCGCGCCUUGCAACACAGACUCGGGUUCAAGCAUCGAUUCCUACGCAGUCGGUGCAACCAACAACGUCACUGCAUUGAUCGGAAGCGAGAACUUCUCCGGCACGUGGAACGUCAACUUCCAGAACGUCAACUCGUAUUUCGGAAGCGCCACUCAGGUCAAAGCCGAUUUGAUCUACCUUCCGUACAGCAAUGGUGGAGUUGUCAAUGGAUGGACGACCAGCUCCACGAAAACGCUUGCUGUAAGCAACAAUGCGGUGACCGCCUCGUUUAGUGUCGCAAACGGUCAGGAUGCCUAUGCAGUUCGGCUGCACAUUUGA